AUGUUCGCUGUCCAAAUUCAACUCCUCCUCUCCGUCCUGUGCGCGCUGGCGAUAUACGCCUGCUUCACGCCGGACUUUCCGCUGUUGAACCUGGUGAUCUUCGUCCUCCUUAUUGCCGUCGGGUCUGACGAUGCCUUUUUGUUGCACUCCCAUUUCCCCGACGAGCUCAACGAGGAGUCAUUUUAUGAGGCACUGGCUCACACGGCGUCAACAAUGUUUUUGACCUCCUUCUCCACGGCGGUCCCGUUUUUCGUGAACAUCCUCUCGAACGUCAUCGUUUUUCGCUGUUUCGGUCUCUUCGCCGGGCUGACGAUGUGCGUCAAUUUUGUGCUGGUUAUCUCCUUCCUACCCACUUUCCUGAUAAUCCAGAAAAAAUACUUCUCCUGUCUGCCAAAACUGCCCGACUUGUCCAAGUAUUUUUCGACGUCGAUCAAAGUCGUGUUCCCGCAAGUAUUGAUACAGGGCCGCUUCGUCUGGCUGGCGUCCCUGUCCCUGGUGGUCGUCUCUUGCUUCUACAUAUCCCUCGAGAACCUCUCACUCCCGAAAUACAACCCACUGCAGCUGUUCCGUUCUGAUAAUCCGCAUGAGUGGUAUGACAACCACGCACAACCGAUUUUCGAGUUUGUUGAGGCGAAAAUCGCCAUCCCACUGCAUGCCCGGCUCGUUUGGGGUAUCAAGCCGGUCAAGCAGCCGGAUAUGUUCCGCGAUUUGACCGAUCCACCUUUGGAAGACGACCCUACCUUCACUCUCGCGACUGUCUCGGAUGUGAAACAGUUGGCGAGGACGCUAAAAAGAAUCCGCGCCCUCCACUUCGUCGAGCACUCAUCCCCGUAUUGGCCGGAACAAUUUCUGACCUGGAGCAGCAAAUACGCAUGUCAACCAGCCCUGGUCUGCUGCAACAUCACGUCCCCCCUAUUCCGGGGCACCUACCUCGACUAUUGCCUCCGGAACUCGACCUCCUACAUUUUCACCCAGUACAACGACACCCCAAUCUUUGAUGCGCACGAUUUUCGGUUGAUUGGGUACACAGCAUUGCUACCUACAAAGCUACGCUACGCGCACGUCUACCGAAACCUCUCGGUGUCGUUCAGCCAGCUGGACAAGAACCUGCAGCUCGACCACGGCGGGUGGUACACCACGGAAUGGUAUCUAAUGUCCACCUGGUUCGACCUGCAACGGUCAAUAGUGUCGGAUUGCCAGAGUAGCGCCCUGAUCUCGCUGGCCGUUGUGGCGCUAUUCGCCCCGAUAGCGAUGCGAUGGCAGGCAAUUGCCUGUCUCCUCUCCAUCUGCUCGAUCAUCAUCGUGUCGGUGGGGAUCGUGGUGAUGCUCGGGUGGACGAUCGGGGUGUUGGAGGCGGUCAUUCUCGUGCUGGUCGUCGGUCUCUCGUUCGACUUCACCCUCCACUUCGGUGCCUCUCUACCCUCUGAUGGGUGCCCGAUGCACCGGGUCGAACGGACAGCCGAGCUGGCGAUGGGCCCAGUCUUCCUCGCCGCCAUCUCGUCGAUCAUCGCCGGGCUGCCGAUGCUGCUCUGCAAGACGCACGCCUUUUUCCAGGUCGGCGUCUUCCUCGUCGUGUCGAUGUCGGUCUCCUGGGUGUUCGCCAACUUCUUCUUCGUCCCCCUGCUCACGCUGACGCUGUCGCGACGACAGCCCUGCCAACAGUGCCACGACAAGGAUUUCCAAAUGGUCCCGCGGUAU